AUGUACGUCGUUAUGGUUGCUAAUUCUGGUUCAGGAUAUGGCAAUUUCCUCGGAUCCGGCAGUUGCAAUGCUCGGUCAUCGGCUUUUGAGAUUACAAGCAAAGGAAUCGGCCCCUUUGUCGCUUCUCUCAUUUCCUGCACCUGCUCAGCAGGAAGGCGAGCUAAACAUCCUAUCCACGCCGCAAAAGCUGCCCAUCCCGCCCUCGCUAAUGCGCAGAUAACUGACCAAGUUCCGAUUGGACACAUUCCUCGAUCGAUAAGCGUAUACCUAUAUGAGGAUCUCACCAGGGUCGCUAGUCCUGGUGACGAGGUCAUUUUGACUGGCAUUUUCCUUCCUCGUGCAUAUACCGGAUAUCAGGCAAUACGUGCAGGUUUGCUGACAGACACUUUUGUGCAUGCAAUGAGUGUCGAGCUCAUGAUUAAGAAAUACAGCCAAUUGGUUUUGGACCCAAAAGUGCUGGUACAAGUUGUGGCCUUGAGUAAAGAGCCCAAUGUGUAUUCUAAACUGGCUCGAUCAAUUGCACCAGAAAUCUACGGGCAUGAGGAUGUCAAAAAGGCGCUUCUUCUAAUGAUGGCUGGCGGUGUCACAAAAGAAACCGCAGACGGAUUGCGGAUCAGAGGUAACGUUCAUUUGAGGCUGCUGAAAUACAUUUCUCGCAUUGCUCCCAGAGGGGUUUACACUACUGGAAAAGGUAGUAGUGGCGUUGGAUUAACCGCUGCCGUGGUGAAGGAUCCGCUUACCAACGAGAUGGUGUUGGUGCUCGCCGACAACGGCAUAUGUUGCAUCGAUGAAUUUGACAAGAUGGAGGAGUCUGACAGGACUGCAAUCCACGAAGUAAUGGAGCAACAAACAAUUUCCAUCUCAAAAGCCGGCAUCACCACAACAUUAAAUGCCAGAACUUGUAUUCUUGCUGCAGCAAAUCCGCUCCAUGGACGUUACAAUAUACGUCGGUCGCCAAACGAGAAUAUAAACCUUCCAUAUGCGCUUCUUUCUCGCUUCGAUAUUCUGUUCUUGCUCCUGGACCGUCCAAACGUUGAAGAGGAUGCUCGGCUAGCCAGCCAUAUUUUGAAUGUCCACAGGACCGGAUCCGUUUCAUGCAAUGAGGAAGGGGUGGAUCCGUCCACCUUUUUCGUAUCUCCAGACGUUCUAAGGUAUUAUUCUUUUGGUCUUUUCUUCAGACAAUAUAUCGCCUAUGCCCGUCGGUUUAAUCCAGUGCUUCCAAAAUCGCUUGUAGAAUAUUUGACAGGAGUCUACGUCAGUCUAAGGACAACCGAUGCAAUGGGAAAGGAUUUCUACACCACCCCAAGGACGCUUACUGGCGUUAUUCGCAUGUCACAAGCAUUGGUGGAUUUUCUGUUACAACGUUAUCCUGCCGAUCCAAUAUCCAAGAUCUAUGCUAUCAUUCGCGAUUUGGCCAAGGCCAUCCAGACAGAAUACAAUUCAGGGGCACCCAUCCAGCUCCCCAUCGAUAUCAUAAGAGAGUCAAUUCAAUCGGCUGGAUAUUCGGAGACCCAGUUGCAGAGCUGUCUGAGUAUGUUUGAUCGGGCCUCGGUCUGGUCUCUUUCGGAAAACGGCCAACGGCUUGUGAUUUUGAACUAG